AUGGACGAAAGUAGCCCUUCCGGUCUCGAUACCACUCCAGGUGACAGUGGUCGCACUCCAACCGAUCAAAAUAAUGGAGAGCCAGUAAGAAAGAGGGCCAAAGUGACACAUGCCAAAUCAAUGUCUCAAGGAGGUAUUGAAGCUUUCCAAGAUGAUCCGCUAGAUUAUCCCAGAAGAAGAGCGGUCAUCGCAUGUGCCGUCUGUCGAAGUCGGAAGUCGAAAUGCGACGGCGGACGACCCAAGUGCAAACUGUGUACAGAUCUGGGCGCUGUCUGUACUUAUAGAGAGCCUGGAGCGAAGCUCGAUGCUGGAGACAAGUUGAUAUUGGAACGCCUGAGCAAUAUCGAAUCUCUGCUCCAGAGCAGCCUAUUGGGACGACCAGCCGAACCAAUGUUACCAGAAAGCAGCAGCAUCGUGCCUGAAGGCAGGCCUUUUAGUGCGUCUAUCGGGUCUUGCGCGGGCUCGUUGCCUCUGAGCGGCUUCGGCAUCUCUCCAGCCAACAACAUCUCGGCCAUGCCCAAAUCGCAUACAACGCCAGCCCUUCAUCUGCUACAAUGGCCCGUCGUACGGGAUCUAGUCUCAAGGCCAUGUGAUCCACAGGUUCUAAUGCAGUUGGAACUGUCACGCGAGCCGCUUGUAGUGGAGACGCCCUAUACACUUGACUUGGCGCCAGAAACGACAUUGGGACUGGCUCGAGCAUAUUUUGAGAAUGCCAAUGUGUGGUAUGCGGCUGUCGACCCGAAUCUGUGGCACUCCCAACUACGAACAGCCUCCAAGCUUAGCUUUCGGUCUGGCCCGGAGUCCUGUAUUGUAUUACUCGUCCUAGCUCUUGGCCAAGCAGCGAGUUUAGGCGACUCGAUAUUACAGGUUCCUCAAGGACAGCCUAUACCUGGUAUGGAUUAUUUCGGUGCUGCUUGGACAUUACUACCUAGUCUGAUGAUCCGGAAUGACGUGGUAAGCGCACAAUGCCAUAUCCUGGCAGCCGCAUAUCUACUAUACAUCGUCAGACCGUUAGAAGCCUGGAGCUUGCUUUGCAAUGCAUCCAUCAAGAUGCAACUCCUCCUUUCCGCGCCAAACUCUAUCCAUCCGCAAGUGAGGGAGCUGAGUGAACGGGUAUACUGGAAUACCCUUCUCAUCGAAAGCGACCUUCUCGCAGAACUCGACCUCCCCCACUCCGGCAUCGUCUCCUUUGAAGAAAGCAUGCGUCUCCCUCGAAGCUUUCCCUACGAUGCCAUAACUGCCGGCUCUGAGGAACCGCCCGGAACGGACGACAUCUGGUACUUCUUAGCAGAGAUCGCUCUCCGCAGACUCCUAAACCGCGUCUCCAACCUCCUCUACUCCCAAAAUCGCAGCUCAAUAGCCUCUCUGGAACCCAUUGUCGCGGAGCUCGAAUAUCAAUUAGAGCAAUGGUAUGCCAAUCUACCACAGCAGAUCCAGUUCCCUAGAGAACGCAUAGCUGCUCGCGAUAAAGUCCAGACGGUCUUGCGAUUACGUUACUUCGCCUGUCGUACCAUUAUCUUCCGGCCUUAUAUCCAAGCGGUCCUUGGAGAUGAGAGUCUCAUCCAUGAGCCAGGCGUUAGAGCAGCUUGCGAAAAGGGUCUUGAUGCUUGUUACUCACAGCUGGAGAAUAUCCUGGCGCAUCAUAAUGGGCAUCUUCCCUAUCUCUUUCAAGGGGCGUUGUCUGUUACCAGCCAGUCUCUGCUGCUCAUGGGUGCGACGCUUUCAAGUGUGCUGAGUGCUCUUCUGCCGGCAUCACAUCAGGUUGAAGCAGUCAUCAUGAGUGUUGUAAGCGAGGUCCAGCGACUUGGACGGCUGGCGCCUAGUAUAGAGCUUUGCGCUGAGUUGCUGAGAGAGGCGGAAGAAAGACGACAGCUUCUUUUGCAAAGGCCGCGAUGA